AUGGAUCCUAAGGAGCGUAAGUCUUGGAAACCAGGCCCCAGUGCGUCCAACAAUAAGACUGACAAUCUCUCAUCAGAGAACCUCUCAUUACAGAGCUUCUCAUCAGAGAACCUCUCAUCAGACCACUCCGACCAAAAUUCUUUGCAAAUCUCUGCUCAAUACCUUGACCAAGACACCCAAUCAUCCCCUCUCUCCCAAGGAUCUCCAUCUUAUUGCGGUGACGAGUCUGAAGUUCAGGAACUGUGGCAAGAGGUACGGGAAUUCUGUACCAGCAACGAAAUCCAACCGGAGUUUGCGCCACAGUCGUUGUAUUCGUCCGAGAUGCCUUCUCAGCUGCCUCCGAUGCCACCGAUCAUACUCUCAGAAUGUCUCCGAAACAACAACGUCCACGUGCUGCCAGUGGGCAUGUGUGAGUACAUGACUCCGGAUGAGCACUUCGGCAAAGUUGGCACUGUGAUGCGGUAUAUUGAUGUGGAGGUCGCACGACAAGGUCUACGCUCAGAACGCGGUAGUAGGGAGGCUGUCCGUCUUCUGAUAGAUCAGGUGUUCUUUGACAAGCCCAAGCGUUCUGCCUACAAGAGAGUGGACGAUGCAAAGCUCUGGACUGGUGAGAUCUCCUUGGAGCCGGAGCCAGUGUUAGUCAAGCGGGGCCAGCAGCAUGUGCAACCGGAAGAAAAGGCACAUAUACAAGCGCAAUCAGCCGGAGGAACAUCCAUGCCACCGCCUACAGCAUUGGACACGGCCACGUUUCUGAGAAACAAGCCCGCUGUUUCGCGAGCAACCACAAAAUCAGUCAAGCCCACGUUGCUGAGAAAGAAGCCCGCUCCUUCUAGAGCACCUAACCACGACAACUCUCAGACAGGAAAGUCCCCUGCUUCACACCCGCCAAACGCACCAACGGAAAAUCUGUUGUAUGAGUUCGACAUCGCAGAGCAGACCAGUGCAUUUCUCCAGGAGCUCCUCCCACAUACCACAUUCUGGCUUGACCGUCCACGUACUACAUUGAUUCAAGUUUCCGAAAACGGUGUCGAUGGGCUUGAAGCUUCCCGAAUGUUUCCCUAUUUGACAGUCGUCUGGCAAGAAGAACAUGAGCCAUUCCAACAUUGUCACACACGGGGCUCUAUGAUUGCGGCCUGUAUCCUGUCUUCUCACGCCAAGAUGCUCAGAAUGACUCCGGGUGCUCAGCAGUUGAGCGAUCUACGCCAUUAUAUCAUUGUUAUGGAGGACAAUGGCUUAUGGUUCAAUGUUUUACAGGCAAAACUAAAGGAUGAAGGGAGCGGAUGUGUCGUGUCAUGGCUCGAUUCUGGUAUCUUGCCUCUACACCUUGGACUCUUCGGGAGCUGGGUCAAGAACAUCCAUGACUGGGCGCUCACAGUCUGGAAACCUAUGAUUUUGGCUGCAUAUUCUCCGGAAUAUCUUACCUGCCGCGGCAGGUCCGAUUUUCAUGAACACGAUGCAGAGAAUGAGGCCUAUGCUGCCACAAGCAAAUGGGGGGAGGAAGACUUUACCUGGACGGGAUGA